UAGACUAGAUGCUGCUGCGGGAUAUUCAGGCUGAGUCGCCGGCUCUCGAUCACCCCAUGAUCCUGCUGUGGCUGCUCUGUGACUUCCCUUCUCCUAAAUUGUCCCUGAGCACAUCUUCAGCUCAGGUCGGGGACUCUGUUUCGGCUCAGUGUCACCUUCGUCUCAACAGUUUAGCUGCUUUAGUUAUUUUCUGUCAGGAUGGCAAAGAAAUAUCAAGACAAAAGGCCAUGCCAGGCCGGUCACUGUAUCGACAUGACAUCUCUGUGUGGAGCUCAAGCCAGUUUCGAUGUAUGUACCAGUACAAGAAUGACCAGAACCAGGUGAAAAAUUCUCGUCUGAGUCUUCCCCGAACCUUGAAUGUACCAGACAGGACUGUUCACUCUAGUGACACUGAUCACAGCAAUAGCAGCAGCUCUGAGAAAAAAUCAAUUCCUGAUGGAGGACGAUUGGGACUGGAGGCCAUCUUGGGAAUCACAGGGCUCUCUGUCCUGUGUCUGGCUCCACUGAUUUAUCUGCUGGUGAAGAAAGUUGCAUCUAAACGGAGAUGUCCAAGGGAACAGCUCCCAAACCGCAGCACGGAGAACAUGCCCACGGAUGAGCAGAUCCACUAUGCCGCCAUUGGCCAGUUUGGUGCAACCAGGCUUCCUCGGGUGCAGGAAAACGAGACUGCAACAUACGCCGCUGUAGGGAAAGUCCGUGACAGGCCCAGCUAACGCUCUGGCUUCUGAAACACAGCACAGACUGCACCUCCCAUCUGCAUUGACUCUGAAAUGGUGGUCGCCGAAGAGCCCUGUGGCUCCUGUAUGGGCUAGUCGCUGAAUAGCCUUAGAACUUUGUCAAGUUUUAGGGAAAAUCUUUCUGCUCCAUGUCUCUGUCUUCAGAUUCCUCUGUGCUCUUACCCGCUCCCCAACAUGUCGGUGCUGUCUGUGUGCAUUUCGCUUAGCCUCCCCAUCCCUGCUCCCCUCUGUUGUCUGGAGUUUUAUAGACACCAGGGCAGAUGUCAGUGUGUUUAUUCCAAUUGCAAUAAACCUGCAGUGUGAA